AUGGAUGCAGCAUACGCUAGAUUUACCCCACAACCCCAUCCAUCACAUCUUCAUGCUACAGCAGCAUACUCGCCACAGAACACUGGUAGUGGGAUUGGUGGGGGAGGAUCUCAUCACAAUAACGCGAGUAUGCAUCCGCCAGGAAACCAACAUUCUCCAAUUCAAGGUCAAGGACACCCUUAUUACCAAAACUACCUGGGAAAUACAGGAACAUACUAUAUGUCCAGUGAUGCGAUGAAUCUCAAGGGAAAUGGCCCACAGAGUGUACAAUCACCCAGAAUGAAUGCCGCAGCAGUGAAGGUUAAGCGGGAAGGAACACAGAGGUCUCCACAAAUGGCUGUAGCUGCUACAAACCAGGCUGGACCUCAGCAAGCUAUACAACCUCCGAAUCAGCAAGUGCCCCAACAGCAGGCUAUGGGUGCACCUCAGCGAAGGAUGAGCCAACAUCAAGCUCCCGCUGGGACUCCUCCUAUGCAGCAUGCCCAGCCAGUAAAUAACACAAGAACCUCAGCUCCUCCGCAACCGCCAGCAACCCAGCAAGCUCCCCCACCCCCACCACCUCAACAACAACCCCCAGCUCCUACACAGCCGGUGCAACAAUCACCAAUGCAUCCGCCUGUACAACCUCACCAACAGUCCCCAGAUCUUGUGCCGGCGGAAGAAUCACCUCUUUAUGUUAAUGCCAAGCAGUUUCACAGAAUACUGAAGCGUCGUGUUGCUCGUCAGAAGCUCGAAGAAGCUCUUAGGUUAACGUCGAAGCAACGAAAACCAUAUCUGCAUGAAUCCCGGCAUAACCAUGCAAUGAGACGGCCCAGAGGACCUGGUGGAAGAUUCUUGACUGCAGAUGAAGUUGCGGAAAUGGAGAGACGAAAGAAGGAUGAGGAAGUAAAUGCUGGGUCAGGAGCUGGGAGUAACAACGUGCAAGCUGGUGCAGUGAAGGGUAAAGAGGCGGACAAAAUGAACCCGAACAGCAAUGUGAAUCGAACACCUAAUCGGCAACCCCACCCUAUGGGGACUGGAACUGGAAAUAACACGACGCCAACUAGUGGUGGGAUGAAAAGGAAGGCUCCAGGAGGCUUGUCGUCUGGCACUCCUGGAAAAAAGCCAAAAACAGUUAAUGAUGAAGAAGACUAG